AUGUCUGCCACCGCCGUCCCAACAAGAGUCCUUUGUCUUCACGGUUUUGCCCAAACCGGCCCAGUGUUCUCUGCCAAAUCGUCUGGGUUCCGUAAGAUGCUCAAGAAAUCGAAAAUCGAAACCCUUUAUCUUGAUGGCCCAGUCAACUUGACCGCAGAAGAUUUGCCAUUCGACGCCUCUGGUCUUGGGGCUGAUGGUAACGAUUUCAAAUCAUGGUGGUACAAUAUCGAUGACUUCAACAUCGACCCAGCCAUUGAAACCGUCAAGAGUUAUAUUAAAGAGCACGGGCCAUUCGAUGGGAUCUUGGGUUUUUCUCAAGGGGCUGCGUUCGCCCAAUUGAUCACUAAUAACAUGGAAUCACUCGGUAACACCAAACCAGUGAAGUUUGCCGUUUACUUCAGCGGAUACGUAACGAAAAACCUCCCAGUUAACGAAAAGUACUUGGCCAACAAGAUCGAAAUCCCAACUUUACACGUCAUGGGGGAACAAGAUACCGUUGUUGGUAACGAUAGAUCGAUGGAAUUCGUUGAGAAAUAUACCAAACCAGGUACCGCCACCGUCUUCAAGCAUCCAGGUGGUCAUUAUGUUCCAAACCAAAAACCAGUGGUCAAACAAUGGACAGAAUGGGUAAUGAAUGCUUUAUCGGAUGAGCCAAAAAAACCCGAUGAAACUCCAGAAACUCCAUCGAAACCUGCUGAAAAAUCCGUGGAAGAUGAAUUGGAAGAGCUCGGUAAAGGUAUAGAUAACCUUGGAACUGCUUAA